AUGUGGUGGUACGCCAAUCAAAUGAUGAUAUUCAUAUUUUUUGCUCCAAUUUACCCAACACUUCCCACAGGUCAAUUGAUGAUAAAGUUAAAUCCUGACUUACCAGGAUUAUCUUAUUCAAAUAAUACUUUAUCAUUAAAUACUACUGAUUUAAUGAAACUGGAAGAGUUUCCUGGGAAUAAGUCAGACAUGUGUGAGAUAUCGUCAAAUAAAAACUGUACGGAUACGCCAACUGUUCUCAAUGCUACCAAUUUCAUGAACGAAACGUUAGAGAAUGAAAAAUUGAUUAAUAAAACUGAUUUGAUCGAAAUUAUUGCACAAUCGACGCAGCUAAAAUUUAAAAAUUCCGAUAGCUUGAUCUUCGAUGCAAAUUUAACCGAUUCGAAUCUGUCCAUUGCUUCGGGAAAUGAAACGUCUACUUUAAUAGCAUCAACAAACAUUGAAAUUAACAACUCAGUAUCAAAAUUAGUAACAUUACAGAAUGUGACGCAAAAUGAUACAUCUGAAUCCGAAAAUAUUCCUGGCCCUAUAAACGAUUCCACCAAAAUGAUGCAAAUAAAAGCUGCUUCAAAAGUCGUGCGAGAACUGGAUUCUGAAUUAAAAGUAAAUGCUACGGGUGUAAACUGUGUAAAUGAUAUAUAUGGACUGUCUGAGAUGAAAUCCGAUACUGAGCAAAUGCCUUCAAUAAUAAAUAUAAUUUUGGCAUCGGAGCGACCGUCCAUAAAAUCGAACCUUCGAAAACUUCUUGAAAUAGUCCGUGAUGCAUCCAGCGUUUUACUGCAAUCAUUUGCUAGAACAGCAGUAAGCGGUAAUAUUACACUGAUUGGCGAUAACGUGACAUUGGUUGACAGUGAUACUGCUAAUAGUUCCAGUGUUUUCGACAAUGGAAAUGUUUGCUCAAAAGGAUGGACAUAUUUUCCUAAAACAAAUUCGUGUUAUUUCGUGGGACAAAAUUCAACCAGUCAUCGUAAUGCUUUGGCAGAAUGUUCCGCACAUCAUGCAUUCUUAACGUCCAUCACUAAUUCUGAUGAAAUGGAUUUUAUCAACGGAUUGGUUGGAAAUGAUACAUAUUUGAUUGGUUUAUUUAAAGACGACAAUCAAUGGUUUUGGAUUGAUAAUAAUACGGAAUUGAAUUAUACAAAUUGGCGCAAAUUAGAACCAAAUGGUUGUUGCGGAGUGAAUGUAAAAUGUGUUGCGGCAAACUGGAACGGAAUGACGGAUGGUCAAUGGAAUGAUAUCGAUUGUGAAGAUAGCUCUCCGGCAAAUUUUGAAAUGACUGUAUCAUAUCAUCUUGAAUUAGCAUCCUUAUCACCAUUAGUAAUUCUUCGUGUAUUAUUUCGAUGGAAAGGAAGUGUUUGGAACAUUUUCGAAAAUUUAGCUCAUUAUUUCGAUACACGAUUAGAAUACAUACCUAUCACUUUCAUUCUUGGCUUUUUCGUCGAUACGAUAUUAUCACGAUGGUCUGAUAUUUUUAUAAAUAUGGGUUAUAUUGAAUCAUAUGUAUUAUUUAUUGCUAAUUAUAUUCAUGGUAAGGAUGAAAAUACGAAACAAUUGCGCCGAACUUUAGCGCGAUAUUUAUGUCUUACACAAAUAUUUGUGUUCCGUGAUAUCAGUGCUCAAGUAAAAAAACGUUUCCCGACUACUGAUAGCAUGAUCAAUGCUGGGAUUCUUUUAAAAGAAGAAAAGGAGAAAUUAGACACAAUUAAACUUCAGUAUAAUAAGUAUUGGGUACCAAUACGAUGGAUUCAUUCUAUAGCGUUGAAAGCGCGAAAAGAGGAAAUAAUCACUUCGAAUUUAUUAUAUUGGAAAUUAUGCGCUGAAGUUGACAAAUUUCGUUACAAUUUACAACUGUUAUACAAUUAUGAUUGGGUACCUAUACCACUGGUUUACUCACAGCUUGAUUUGAUAGUACCGAUGGUGACAAUGAUAGAGUUCGUGUUCUUUACUGGUUGGUUAAAAGUUGCACAGGCAUUGCUUAAUCCAUUCGGUGACGAUGAUGAUGACUUUGAAUGCAACUAUCUUAUCGAUAAAAAUCUUGCUGUGAGACUUUUAUCAGAUUCCGAACUUUUGAAAGAAAUGGAAAAAAAAAAUUUUCAUACAAGUUUCUGUAUUGUUGACAACUAUGAUCGUGUACCGGAAAUACGCCCUGAUCUUUUUUGGCGAAGCCACAAAGGAUUCUCUGCUUCCACAGAUACCACUUUAAUUAGAUCAACCGCAAAUUUCAAAUUAAAGUUAACGAUGGAACAAAUCGAAAUGGUAAAUUAUCGUUCGCAAUCGGUUUCCUUCAAUUCUCGCCACAGAUUGUCACAAAUUUCGCUGUAUGGUUAUAAUCAAGGCGAAGAGAGAAUAAUGAAGCAUAAUCAAAUAUCAUCAGAAUACGACGACUUACAAACCGCUGGUCUGGAAAAAACUAUGAAUGUGAUGGCAUCAAACCCCAAUCUUUUUGAGGGACCGAUCAACAGAACACCGUUACAAUUAGUGCAAUAUAGUACAUCGCAAACUAAUUACUUUGUACCAUCGGAUCUCACCAUGGACAGCGACAAAAACAAUAAAGCAAAAAUUGCUCGACUAUAA